AUGUCUCAACAAGUUCGGCACUCAAUCAACAAUAGCACCCGAAGAAGCCCGCAAUCUCACCACGACCCUUGGAUAGCUCAUUGGAUGCCCACUGCUAAUAACACGACAUCAGCUGAGAGGCAUUAUCACACUCCUCGUCCAAUACAAGCCAUUUGUGGGGACAUCAAACCUCUUGAUUUCGCCUUUGAGGACGUUGGAACGAGUUCAAAAAGCUCAGCAAGUGCGAAAAUGGAGCCUGGUAAACAUGCUGGUGUUCCGUUUCUUUCUAAUGUUAAUUCUACUGGAGAAGCUACUUCGAAUAAUCCUCUGGGCUCGAUGAAUACACGUGAUGUGCCGUAUUAUGACUACCUCGAGAAAAAGGGAGGAAAAUCUGUUGUGGUUUCAAACAGCAUGAGCCUAGCAAAUGAAACCUCGAUUAGUGCAUGCCGUGGGGAUUUUAGUUCAUCUCUAUUGUGCAGCCGUGAUUGGUUCAAGAAGAUGCAACAGUCUCCGAGAGGUGGAUCGUCGUUUGAUUUCCACUCUCUAGAGAAGUUCCCCGAUGAUCGUGAUUUGGAGGCGAUAAGACUACGCACGCCUGUGGAUUCUGUUGAGGUCACGUCCGGUGGCUGUCCUAGGUUUUCAAAGGCGUCUCGCAGCAUGCUAAUGAAGAAAAAUAGCAUGCCUGGGCAUUUCAACCUUUCGCUCUUUUUCUGUCAAGGUAAAGGAGGCAUAAAGCUUAGCCCUCUGAGUAGUUCAUCUGGUAGUGAAGGGGGAAAUAAUGCUGAGAGUGAAGACUGUAAAGUUACUGUAAGGACUGAAGCAUCGGCUGAGACAGAGACCAUGGAGGUGGAUUUUCUGAAGGAUGAAAAAGUAAAUCCCGGCACAACUUCCACCCCCUCAAUUAAGGCUUUCAACAUCGAGUUGAAUUCCCCACCCCAAAAGGCCACUGUCCCCUCAAGAGAAACCGAACAUCAGUGGACCAAAACCGGACUGCUCGAGGUUCCCCUUGAAAAUGUGUGUCCGUGCUCCUCAAAAACUCAGAGCGUGGAAAUGGACAUGCUCCUAUCCAAUGCUGAGCACAUAAUAUCAAAGCCCAGUACUAUCAACCCUGACAUUUUGGACCCGUCUAAUAGAUGGGUCAAACGUCUAAAGAUCAGCUCCCCGAAGUUAAACCCCUCCUCCCGGGGCACAAAGAUAUCGAGGCCAGAUGAAAAUUUGUUUGAUGACAACAAAAUGAGAAGCCACCUUAGAAAUAUUCUUGAUAGCGGCAUUAUUAGCUCGGGACCAGAUAACAGGCAUGACGGUAAGAACAAAAUUUCGUCUGAUAAAAAUGAAGAUGAGUUUAAUAUGGUGUGUGCUGGGAAAGAGACUAAGGAGUUGUUGCUUUCGAAUGCUUGGAUUAAAAGGUGGCUGGCAAAGGGAGUCCCAGAUGAGAAAACUGAUGCGUCUGGAGACUCGAAUGGUGAUAAGCUUGAACAUAAGCGGUUCCCAAGCGUUGGUGCUAUGGCUCUAAUGGCAAAGGCUAUGCAUGGCUUACCACCAUGUGAGAUUCAAAAGAGAGGCCCUAUCACUGUUUGGAACGCCAGGACUUUUUGA